GAUUCCUUGCGAUCCACUCGAAGUCAUUACUCUCCGGAAGAAGUUUGUCUGGUUGUGUCGAUUGAACGGUGCUCACUCCGUCGCUCGACCGGGGCGAGAUCCUUGUUACCCUAGGUUACGCCCCCCGAACGAUCGAGCUGUUUCUGUUCCUCGGAUUCGGCUCUCGGAUUCGAGAUCUUCUUGUCUACCUUGGUGAUUCUUUGUGAGGUUGCUUCUGCUUGCAAGUAUUCUCAUCAUUUCUGCUUUUGACGCUGGAACGACAUGGCAAAACUUGGAACUGUUGGCCGCAGUGGAUUUCUAAGAAAACCCAAUGAGAGUUUGAGGCUCAUUAUUACAACUGUCAUUGGAGUUGCAUUUGGAUACUUGAUAGGAAUCUCCUUUCCUACAGUUAACAUAAUUAAGCUUCACUUCCCUUCCAGCAUCUUAUCAUACAUUGAAGAGAGGAACUCAGGCACCACAACCCAAUCUUUAUUGAAUCACGCUUGGGCAUCUUCCAGUAAUCAAAACAGAAAUAAUUCUACUUCUAGCUCGACUAAUCUUCUGAAGAUUUAUGUACCUACUAAUCCUAGAGGUGCAGAAAGACUACCUCCUGAUAUAGUUGUGUCAGAGUCAGAUUUUUAUUUGCGCAGAUUGUGGGGCAAUCCUGAUGAGGACCUAGCUACCAAACAGAAGUAUCUUGUGACUUUCACAGUUGGAUAUGAGCAGAAACGUAAUAUUGAUGCCGUGGUCAAAAAAUUUUCUGAAGAUUUCACAAUUUUAUUAUUCCAUUAUGAUGGUCGGACUUCUGAGUGGGAUGAAUUUGAGUGGUCAAAACAGGCUAUUCAUGUGAGUGUCAGGAAGCAAACCAAAUGGUGGUAUGCUAAAAGAUUUUUGCACCCUGACAUCGUGGCUCCAUACGAGUACAUCUUCAUAUGGGAUGAGGACCUAGGUGUUGAGCAUUUUGAUGCAGAAAAGUACAUUAAAUUAGUGAAGAAAUAUGGGCUGGAGAUUUCACAACCUGGUUUGGAGCCAAACAAUGGUUUGACAUGGCAAAUGACUAAAAGAAGAGGUGACCGUGAAGUGCACAAAGAAACAGAGGAGAGACCAGGCUGGUGUGCUGACGCACAUUUGCCUCCAUGUGCUGCAUUUGUGGAAAUUAUGGCACCUGUGUUCUCCAGGGAUGCAUGGCGUUGUGUAUGGCAUAUGAUUCAGAAUGAUCUGGUUCAUGGAUGGGGUCUUGAUUUUGCUCUUAGAAAAUGUGUAGAGCCCGCUCAUGAGAAAAUAGGAGUUGUAGAUUCUCAGUGGAUUGUUCAUCAGGUGGUUCCUUCGCUUGGUAAUCAGGGCCUAGCAGAGAAUGGUAGAGCACCAUGGGAAGGGGUCAGACAGCGUUGUAGGAAAGAAUGGGGCAUGUUUCAAACACGUAUGUCAGAUGCUGAGAAGGCAUAUUUCAGAGCAAUGGGGAUAUCUCCUCCGAAUUCAACAGUUAGAUAAGUGGUUUAUUUUGUCACACAAUAAAUUGGACAGUGUGAUGUGACGUAUGUAGAUAGAUAGAUGCAUCUGUUGAUAAUUUUUUUAACGUUAGAAUUUGUGGCUAUUGCUAGCACAACUGUAGUUGUAGUUUAUCCAGGCCUUAAGGAAUGUUCUUUGGACUUGACCUUCAAUGAUUUAUUGGCCCCAAAUAUUUAGUUUCCCAAGUUUUGUAUAUGCUAAGGAGGACAGACCACUGUGAUUGUGAAGUUUUGAGGAGCAACUACUUAAACACACUUUUGUAACUCCUUUUAAGGAAAGAUAUUUCAGAUUGGGACUUUACACAACAUUACUUGAUCACACAUAUCGGUUGCAGACUAGGAAUCAUCUUGUGAGUUCCUUUUGUACCAUUAAAGGAACAUGUUUAAUCCCUAGAAAAGAUUCUAAAAUCGAAACACGCAGCCAAGGCCACAAGGAUCUGUUAGCUUUGCAUUUAUUUAUUUGUUUCUUUUGCAAAUCUAUCUUUGUCUCCAUAUUAUCAAGACACUGAUUGUGGCUUUAGUCAAAAGUAGGUAUAGGGAGUUGAAGGGUCAUCCCUAAGUUGGUGCUGAUACCUUUCCAGCUGAGCAAGUUGAGACUUCAAAGUCUCUCUUUUUUUCAGGAACAGCGGUAGACUUGAGAUCAUGAAAAGAACAAAGACAUGACCUGUUCUUAUUAUCUUUGUCCUUCUUCUCCUUAACUUAACUAGUCUCUCCAUUUCACAUUGACAAUUCUACUGCCACUUCUUUUUACUGGUUCUUUACAGCUUGAGAUUGAACAAACAUGAUUGUGCAUAACUUGGUCCACCGAGCAGUUCCAUGAGUAACAAAAGCUAUGUGAUGUGAGUAAAAGAGAAAGCAGAUGUAUCUGCCUACCUACCGCCACAUGUUAAAAGAGCUUCAUCAAUUUUCUAAAGGUUGUAGGUCCUAUCCAAGUGAUGUAACAUAGGAAGACUUUAGCUGUGUCACAAUCUGGUUGUUUGAUGCCAUGACUUGCCUGACACUGAUCUAUCCAGUUAAUCUAUUCUAGACUAUCUUGUUCCUGCUUUGUGCUUAUUCAAACAGGCUAAUCUCCUCAGAAAGAACACUCAGCAUGAAACACUACAAUGUAGAUGUUACAGAACUUUGAGUUUAUACUUUUGAGGAAAUUUUUGAAAACUGUAGGGGAAUUGUGGGAGACAUUGUAGCCCUUGUGAUAUUUCGGAUGAGCUUAUAUUUAUUUAUCCAUGAUUUUUUUUUUUUCAACUUAUUCGAUGUGUCGGUCGAUCAUUAUUCUAAAAGCUCAAGUCAUUAUUAGAUCAGACAUCAUCCAGUCUUCUUUCAUGUUCUUAAUAAACUAGCAUUCUAAAACUCCCAUGUUGUGCCCACUCUAUGCUUUGUCUUACAUAGAUUUGGAUCAUUAGUAAAGAUGCUAGGGAUUGAAGUGAAGCUAAAUAAGAUUCUGCCAUAUAUUUAUGCUUCCAAGUCAGGGCAAAAACAUGAUGUAUUCUGAUGCAGUCAUCGACUCUGUUCCUCAUUUCUUGCAUGCAUGUGGUUACACAGACAGCCUCACUUGAGGAAUUCGAGUGGAAUAAGCUUCACAUUCACAAACACCAAUCAUUCUUAUGGCACAACCUACAUCUACUAAAACAGCAAUUACCUCACACUUAUUCAGGUUGCAAUUACAACUCACAUUCAUAUAUAUAUAUAUAUAAACAAAGAACCUCAAGAGUAUCUAAAGAACAGGCAAAAAGGAAAGAAUGAAGAUAGCAAUGACAGUCGCAGUACGCAUGGAUUGUGUCGGACCACUGAGCUUGAUUCCCCAAAACAGCACUUCCCAAGUGAUUCUUAGAAGGCUCCACGAUCGCUCACGUUCCCGAGGAACGCACGGCAUGGCUUCUCCGAGGAGCUGCUGCUGCUCGAUGGAAGGGAUCAGAAGAAGAAGAAGAAGAAGAAGACGCAAAAGCUGCUGCUGGAGGAGGAGACGCCAUGAAACGAGCAGCUUCAGAAGGAAGAGAAGGGAUGGCGAGAGCAGAAGUCGCACAACCUGUAGUGCCCUAUUUAUAGAUGAAGCCAAAGGAUGGUGGGAGGAAAAGACGUGCAUGCUCUGCUUGCUAUGUGACAGAAUCUUUGUUCGUUUUCUACGGUGAAUUGGUCUUUUUAUCUAAUCGGGACUUUGGGAAUUGAAAUUAAUCCUUCGACUAUUGGCAUGCA